GCAGUAUUGACCGAAAUUGCCCCCUUCCCGAAACCGUAAUUCAGCGUUUGCCGACGUCUGGUCAGCAGUGUUUGUGAAAGUAGUUCACAGUGUGCGCGUCAAGUCAAAAGACAGGGAGCCUUGACAUUGUUGAAAGCUAUGUUUAUGAAGGAAAGUCCUCAUAAGAACGACCAAAUCAGCUCGAAAAAUGGUGCGCAUCCCUGUCCAGCAUUCCUGUCUACAGUUGACGACGUGAAAUCAUUAAACGAUGCAUUCCAACCAAAGCCAUGAAACCAUCCAUUCUCACAGCAGCGCUAUGUGGAGCAGCUACUGCAGCGGCCUGUUACAUGCUAAGCCGCGUCCCACUCCCCUGAGGGCACACGGCUGGUGCCAGCUGGCAAAGGGAUAGCUGGCGCUGGAGGACGGCACCCCGUGCCGUGCUUUGGUCGGUCGCAACGAGUGUGUAUGGAAGCAGGUGUACGACAAGGGUGUCCUUUGGCGCCUUUGCUGUACUUGUUUGCUGCGCAAGCCCUUUUGUGUUGGUUACAGCACUGCCACGUUGGGUGUGGCGCUUGAUCCGUUGGAUUCCUCCCUUACCACAGCUGUUCAGUUUGCUGACGACAUUGAAGUGGUGUUGCGAGGGCCUGAUGCGGUGGGGGAUUUCCUCCAGCACAUGGAGACGUUUGCGAAGGCGUCCGGUCAACGCUUGAAUUUGGACAAGGUAGAGCUCUUGCCAAUAGGGGUUCAGACGGGUACUGAGGGGCAGCAGGUUAUUCAUGGAGUGUCGGUAGCUCGUACGGCAGUGGCGCUUAAUGUGCCUUUUACUAACUCGGACACGGUUCCGGGUCUUGGCUGGAGCAAACGGUUUCUGGAAGCGGAGAACCGCUUGCAGAAGUUGGCUCGCCUUCCACUUUCCAUUUUUGGUAGGUCUACCGGCGCAGCUGCUUAUGCUUUGCAUACGGUAACUUGGCACAUGGAGCAUUCCGGUUUGCCUCCGGGUGGUCAGUUGGACACCUUGGGGAGGUUGGUGGCUAAGUUUAUUGAUCGGCACCAGGGUCCACAGGAUAGGAAGCGUCGUGCCACGGGUGUUCCGGGUAGGCUGUUAGCAGGUCACCCCAGGGCAGGGGGUUUUGGUGCCUUGCCUUUGAUUGAGCAUAUUCGGGCCCGUUUUGCUUGUUGGGGUGCCCGUUUAGUUUGUUCCGCCGUGAUUCCAAGGGAUUCCUUACAUCCCUGGCAGCGUGCUUUGCUUCUGUACCUUCGGAGGUUGCAUCCGGCUUUUGGUCCCCUAUCGUUGUUGACAGCGUCCAGGAGGGGGCCUUGGUUGGGCGUGGAUGGUUUGCCUGAGGAUAUUCGUCGGGUUGUGACCGCCAGUUACUGACAUAGGGUCGGAUCCUUUGGUACCGGGUAGCUGGUGUUGGGGUGUUCCGUUGUGGGGUAACCCUUUCUUGCCGGUUGAGCUGCCGGGCCAACCUGGUGUGUUGGGUUUGGAACACCACUAUCCGGUGCUCGUUCAUUGCCAUGCCCUUCGUACAUUGGGUAUGUGUGUGGCUGCCCUGGCUCAACUUCGUUGUUUCGAGGACACGUGGGAUUCAGCGUUGUUGAAUGGUGUGUCGGGGGUUGCUGAGGGCAGGGUGAUGGAGAGGUGCUGGUCCGCUCUUGUCCGUCGGUUUUUAGACCCGGCGUCCCUGGAUGCCUGUGCUCUUUGUUCGUUGCCUAGGUGUCGUGAUCUUUUGACGUCACUUGAGUCGUUGUUGGGUGCGGUGCCUGUGGCUUGGGUGGAGGCUGCUGAGACUUUUCUUGUUGAUGCCUUGCCGCCCCAACCUCCGCCGGCUUCUGAGGUUGAUGCUUGGCAGGUUUUGGUUCCACGUUUGGGGUGGCAGUUGCCUCAUGUUGGCGCCGUUCCUUUGAGGAAUCUGUCGGUUAGGAUGGCUACAGUUCUUCAGCUUGGGGGUGUGUUUGAGGAACGUGCUGUGUUGCAUGCGGCUUUUAUUCGGGAGGCCCUGGGGUUACCUGCUACCCAGCAGCUUCCUGAGGGUGUCUUGGAUGGCCUUCGUGCUUCUUUCCAGCGUAUUUGGUCGAUUCGUUGGGAGAAUGGUUUCAAGGAAGCGUUUUGGCGUCUUUCCCUUUCUGGGGGAUUCUCAUAUGUCUAGGGCUCGUCCGGAAUGUUGUGGUUGUGGGUCCGUUGUCUUGGGGGAGUCUCCGCGGUUGCAUUUUUUCUGGGCUUGUCCUGUUGUUCGUGCUGUGGUUGAGCAGCUUGAGGUAUCGCUGGGUGUUGCGGUUCCUCGGGCUGCCUUGUGGUUGGCGUUGCCUCCUUCGGGCGUGCAGCAGUGCGUUUGGGAUGUUGUUGUUUUGGCUUCUUUGUCCGCUAUGGAGGAGGGUCGGCGGUUGUUACGGGCUCGUGUCCGUGAGUCUGGUUCUGCGGGUGUUGUGUCUGGGCUUGCUGAUGUGGUGGCCCUGUCUGCUGUUUCCUGGUUCUGGGGUCAGCUUUGGGUGUUCCCCGUCGGGGAUGGGCUGGGGUUGGCCCUUCUUGUGGUGCUGUUUUUACGGUUUGUUCCGUUUCUUUUGCAAUGUAGGGUUGGGUUCAUCACCCGUGUUCCCUUUUAGGGCACCAUUGUAACGGUCAUUCAUUCACAAA